UCAAAGGCUUCGAGCUAGGAGUUGUAUUGAAUUGUCACUGUUAUACAAACAAGACACAUCAAUAGAAUGUGUUGUGGAUAGAUUAUGCAUCAAUAGAAUGUUUUGUGGAUAGUUGUAAUGAACAGUUUCCCAUCCAGAAAUCCAAGCUUGAAACAAAAUGUCUGGGCCUGGCAAAGGAGGCAAAGGUCUAGGAAAGGGAAGAGCAAAACGUCACUGUAAGGUUCUCUGCGACAACAUCCAGGGCAUCACCAAGUCGACCAUCCGCCGUUCGGCUCGCAGAGGCGGUGUAAAGCGUAUCAGCGGCUUGAUCUACGAGGAGACACGUGGCGUGCUCAAGAUCUUCUUGGAGAACGUGAUCAUAGGCGUUGUGACAUACACCGAGCAUGCUAGCCGCAAGACCGUGACCUCCAUGGAUGUGGUCUAAGCACUCAAGAGGUAGGGCAGGACCCUUUACGGGUUCAGUGGCUAGGGUUUAUUUCAGGUUAUUGAAGUCUUGCUGUUAAGAAAUGGGUUAAUGGGUUGGAUCUAGUGGUUAGUUACCUAUUAAUUAGGUGUUUUUACUUUUUUUGUUGCGGUCUAUUUUAUCUGACAGAGGGACUAGGGCCGGCGGCAGAGAGAGAGAUGAGAGAGAUGUGUGUUUGUAGA